AAUGGCAUCUUACACAGAGACAUUAAACCAGACAAUAUCUUGGUUAUAACUAUGGAAGACAAUAUCAAGGCUAAUGGAAAGUUGACCGACUUUGGGUCAUCAAGAAAUGUCAACAUGUUGAUGACGAACAUGACUUUCACUAAGGGCGUCGGCACACCAAAAUAUAUGGCUCCUGAGAUUCUUAACAAGCAACACUAUAAGAUGUCGUCCGAUGUGUAUUCUUUGGGGGUCGCGUUCUACGAAACAUUAAUAUGGGGUGAAGCAUACCCCAAAAAAGACUUCAAAUUUGCGUGGAGUGUAGCAGACUUUGUGUCGAGUGGAAAAAGAAGAGCUUAUCAAGAAGGGAUGAAUAAAGAGGCUUAUAACAUAGUCUCUGGGAUGUGGAGUCAUGAUUUGACUAAUAGAACAUCGAUAGAAGUAUCUUCCAAACAAUUGCAGAACCUGUUUGAUUCUUUAUAG